AUGGCAGGCGAGAGUAGCACAAAAGCCGAGCUGGUCUGGCGGCCAAUUCAAGGUGUGAGCAAGAUGAAGUUGAUCAAUAUCUCCGAGAAGGGGCUGUCAAUAUCUCGCCAUGCACAUAUCUCGACCCGUCUGCUUGGUCAGACUGCCGACGGGCGCUUCCCUUUUCAAUAUGAGCAACCCACAGCAGAAGCAAGAUUCAACCUGAGGACAUUCCUCGCAUUGAAGCAUGAGCCCGACCGACUGGGCCCUGUUUCGCAGCCGAGAAAACCUAGCUCAUUCACAUCACCAGGAAAAGAUGCGAACAGCUCCAGGUCAAGUGGUUAUGAACGGGAAACCAGUCGAACCGUCGCCCACGGUCAAGCUGCUAGGCGUGGUCUUCGACUAGGAGCUUCGCUGGAAAGAACACAACGUCCAGCAAGCGAUCAAACGCGCAAUCAAGCUCAGCAGCGCUUUGGGCGUGCUGCGGCAUCUACGUCCAGAACAGAUGUGACAGGUCUACCAAGCCUGUGUCACGCCGGUCGUGGACUACGCGUCGACGGGCUGACUCUGGAAGUGGAAGCACACGUCCUUCCGACACACCUCCGUCUCCGCCAUCGCGCGCAGAAUACUAUUGCCGGGAUCCACACUUUGCCUCGCGAUCACCCCAUCUGGGGUGCGCUUUUGCGAGCCCAGAAACGUAGGAACAACAUCGGAUCGUACGCUCGAUUUCCACUAGCGGAAGCCCUAAAGACCAUGAACCUAGGAAGAUUAGAUGAACUAGAGACGAUCGACCCACGACCGCUGCCACCGCGGCGUGCCGAGCCCUUCACGAAGAUCGAGACCGCGUCAGACCGAGGGACGGCAAGAGAACGGGCCGAGACCAUACAGUCCACGUCCGCUAUUGUGGUAUACUCGGAUGCCUCUGGACGCGAGUGCCAUCUAGGGGCCGCCGUCGUAGCACUCGACGACAACCUAGAGUACAGUGUUCAAGAUCAGCCACCAGCGGCCAAGAACGAACAGUAG